GCCAAUGUUUACAGUGUGUCCCAUUCACGUUGAAAGAGAAACGCUCACCGCUUCUGUUCGGAAUAAUGUGACGUUAUGACCUUUCCUCCAAAGUCCAUAGUUCAGGAUUUCGUUCUGCAGGGAGAAUAUGGGGGACAAAAAGAUACUCAGCAUUGGUUUGGUGUGUCUGGAUAUCAUAAAUGUUGUGGAUAAAUACCCGGAAGAAGAUACUGAUACCAGGUGUUUGUCUCAGAGAUGGCAGAGAGGAGGAAACGCAUCAAACACGUGCACUGUUUUGUCUCUACUUGGGGCCCCGUGUGCAUUUAUGGGGUCUUUGGCUCCUGGACCAGUAGCUGACUUCAUCUUGAAUGAUUUUCAAAUGUACAAGAUUGACAUCUCUCUUCUUCUGGAGCAUGCUGAAUGCUCCUUUCCAGCCUCUGUAGUAAUCAGCAGCGUGACGACAGGAAGCCGUACAAUUCUGCAUAUGAACAGAAACUUGCCAGAUGUUUCUGUAGAAGACUUUUCAAAGGUGGACCUGAGCCAGUUCAAGUGGGUCCACUGGGAGGGCCGUAAUGCUGACGAACAAGUGAAGAUGAUUGAGAUGGUGAGAGAGUAUAACAGCAAACAGGAAGAGAAGAACAGAAUAACCAUCUCUGUGGAAAUCGAAAAGACCAGGGAACCCCUCUACCAGCUUUUUCCUCUUGGUGAUUUGGUCUUUGUAAGUAAGGACGUGGCCCAGCACUUCGGGUUUAACUCGGCCUCUGCUGCAUUGAAGGGUUUCAGCGGUCGUCUGAGGAAGGGAGCUACCCUCAUUUGUGCCUGGGCGGAAAAGGGAGCUGAUGCCAUUGGUCCCGAUGGGGUGGUCAUUCAUUCAGAUGCAUUCCCACCUGAGAAGCUCGUGGACACACUUGGAGCAGGGGAUACGUUCAAUGCUUCUGUGAUAUAUUCCCUUUCAAAUGGGGGCAGCCUACAGGAUGCUCUCACAUUUGGCUGCCAGAUUGCAGGCAAAAAAUGCGGUGUCCAUGGAUAUGAUGGAAUUUUACACUGAACAUGGCGGAGAGGUGCACAGCUGGAAUGUAGUACAGAUAUGAAGCCAGCUCUGCUGAAACUUAACAAGUAGUUUUACACUAGUCAUUGAUAGACUGAAUAGUGUUGCUUCACAUAGAAAAGACUAAUGUAAAUGCAAAGGAAAAGAUUAAGUAAAGAUGGGAUAUUCUACUGAUACCUCUGUAUUAGCACGAUUAAAUUAAAGGUUUAAACUUGUUUUACAACUCUUCAUUGAUGCUUUCAGAUGGAAAAAUUAAAAAAUGUGAAAAUGUAAAAAAUUACCAUAAGGAUCACUGAAGCUUUCCUUGUACAUUACCAGUCAAAAGGUUGUAAUAAUUCUGAAUUUCUUUAUACAUAUAUUUUUGACAGGAGUCUGUUAUGCUCACCAAGCCUUUGUUUAUCUAUUUAUCAAUAUUGUGAAAAAUUAUUAUAAUUUAAAUACAUUUCAAAUAGUAAUGUAUAUCUGUGAUGGCAAAUCUGAAUUUUUAGCAUAAUUACGGCAGUUUUUAGUGUCACAUUAUCCUUCAGAAAUCAGUCUAAUAUGAUGAUUUGAUGCUCAAGAAACAUUUCUUAUUUUGGAUCAACGUUAAAAAAAUUGUGCUGCUUAAUAUUUAAGUUAAACGUUUGUUUUUGUAAGUAAUACUUUUAUUAAAAAAAUGAAUACAUAAAAUGUAUCAAAGGUAACAGCAAAGAUUCAUAAUUUAACAAGAUUUCUAUUUCAAAUAAAUGCAGUUCUUUUGAAAUUU